CUAAGGGGUUAAUCCUCUGCAUUGUGUAAAACAUGCUGUUUGAUACGGACUUCUCUGAUCCUUCCCUUCCAGUGUCCCCCACUUAUCUCUUGAUAAGACAAAUGGUGUGGAGAUGCUCUGCUCAUGCUCAGUUUGGUGUAUAUUGCUAGAGAGGGUUUUUUUUUUCUUUCUUGGGAGAGUGCAUGUGAUCAGUACAGGGCCAAUCAGCACUGUCCAGACAGAAAACACCACCUACAAUCUUUAACCAGUGCUCUGCUGCACACUGAUAGAAGUCACAAAACUGCUCUAACUGCUGAUGAGAGAAGGUAUUUAGCAGUAUUAUAUUUACUAAAAUAAUUGCAUUUCCAUGU